CAUUCACCUAUAUUUGCUGGUUCGUUGUUGCUUUUUUUAGGGCUGAGAACCAGAACAAAGCCGGGCGAGGUACUUUGGACGGCGUGCGUGGUCUGAUCAAGUGAGGUAACCAUGGCAGGCUUGGUGAAGAUGUACAAUGACCUGAUGGAAAAAGCAGAUCCACGCGUGGAGGGAUGGUUUAUGAUGUCAUCACCGUGGCCCAGCCUUGUCAUCUGUGUGGCCUACUUUGUAUUUGUCAAGAUGGGUCCCACCAUCAUGGCCAACAGAGAGCCGUUUGAGUUGAAGAAAGUUCUGAUAGUUUACAACUUCUGUAUGGUUCUUCUGUCUACUUAUUGCUUUGUAGAGUUCCUGCUGGCAGGCUGGUUGACUGGAUAUUCUCUCCGAUGUCAACCCGUGGAUUACUCAGAGGGUGGAACACGGAUGCUUAAAGUCUGCUGGAUGUUUUACUUUUCCAAAUUCAUAGAACUUUUAGACACAGUUUUCUUUGUGAUGAGGAAGAAGUUUAAUCAGGCCUCUUUUUUACACGUGUUUCACCAUGGUAUAAUGCCCUUCUCGUGGUGGUUUGGGGUCAAAUUUGUCGGAGGUGGGUUUGGAACGUUUCACUCCAUGCUGAACUCCUUCAUACACUUAGUGAUGUACACAUACUAUGGAAUGGCAGCUUUAGGACCAAAAUACCAAAAAUAUCUGUGGUGGAAGAAGUACAUGACUUCUAUGCAGAUUACCCAGUUUCUGCUGGUGACCGUUCACUCUAUACAACUGUUGUUCAUGGACUGUGACUAUCCCACGCUCUUUGUGUAUUGGAUUCUGGCUUAUGCUGUCAUAUUUCUGGUUAUGUUUGCUGAUUUUUAUCGUAAUGCAUACAAAAAACCAAAAACUAACGGAGCUGUUACCAAUGGAGUCAAAGCCAAAGCUAAUUAACACAAAACUGAAUUAGGUAUCAUUUACAUAUGUAUAGAACAAAAAGUAUUUCUUAUUUAUACCAUGUUUGUUAUGGCUUUUUAAAAUUUGUUUUUCAUCAUUUUAUAUUAUUGUACCAAAAACUAUGAACCUCCAUAUCUAAAUCCAUGUAUCGUUUAUCUUAAAUGCAUGUUUUUUGAUGGUAUUUAUGUUGCAUAUAAGUGCAUGUUUUGUACAUGUUUACAAUACCAUUGCACAUCUAUACAUUUUCCUGUUUGGUCAAUUACUACAUACUGGUGGAGAAGUAGGCUGUAUUGUGUAUGGUAUUGUGAAAAUUCAUGCAACUUGGUGUGAAUUAUAUUUUGUUUACCGGGUACCCUAAUUCCAGCAUGUUUAGGGAUAAAUCGUCACAUUUCAAAUAGGUUAAAUGGAAUUUGCAAAUAUAUUAAAGAGAGAAAGUUACAAUGCUAUGUAAUCUGAAAGACUAGUGAUUUUAUUUUCCUCUUGUGUGUGUGUACAUUUACUAUUGAUACACUUCAUGAAUAUGGACAAGUUGAGUUCACUUUGACCUGUCUUCUCACUAAAGUUGUAAGUGAAAACCCACGCCUUAAGUUGUGGGAAAAUUUUAUGACAAAGUAAUGAAAACAGCAUUCUUUAACUUUGAACAAAGAUAUUGCAUAAUACGUACAGUUUUGUUAGUUGAUGCUUUUACUUCAACCUGUAUUUUUUGAGACAUUAUUGAUUUACAAUGAAACCUUAGCACAGAUAUUCAUCUAGUAUGUGUUGUAAGACCUUGGCAAAAAGGUCUAUUCAGGGUACAUAUUGUUCUGUACAUAUUGAACAUCUGUUAUAUUUACACUGAUUGAUAAUCAUGGCUGUCUUUCUGAAAUGUGCCAUUCUUUAACCAAAUUCAGCACUUGCUUAAUUUGACAUUUGUAACACCAUGUAAGAAAUUAUAGUGAGAUGUCUAUAGUACAUACACUCUUCUAAUAAAUUUUGAUAUUCUUAUAUACUAGGUUUUGUAAUUUUUAUUUUGCUAUAUUGCUAUACCCGUAAAUAGAUUUGUUGCAAAGAA